AUGGACUAUUCAUUUCGCUCUGUUACAUCUGUGGUGCCUCGAGGGCGCCCCGAGGAAGUCGCCAGCCAGAAUCCCGCCGCCGUCAUGGCAUUCAAUAUCCUCUCCGCAACCGGCUUCAUCCUCCUUCUCCUGACCUUCGUAACGGCCGCACUCUCCCGCACCGUGCGCCGUGUGUCGACAUGGUACACCUACAUUGCCGCCUGGGCCAUCUACUGCCUGAUCCCGUUCCCCAUCUUGGGCCACCAGACGCGUUUCACUUCCCCGCCGGGGUUGCUUCCUUGUGCAGUAGACGCUGCAAUGAUGUAUGCUUCGCGGCCGUACGCCGGGUUCGCCACGCUAGCGCUCCUUCUGCACUUAUAUAUCACGAUCUCUACUCGAUUAAAGCGAACGCACGUCCCCCGCUGGUUUGUUGUCUUUCUCAUGACCUUUCCCGUGCUUGUCUAUCUUUCAUUAUUCCUUGGGACACUCAUUGUCGGACUACGGAAUGCGAGCCUUGUGGAGCUCGAGCCGGGAGGAUAUUACUGCCAUCUCACAACACCCAUUCCAACGAUAAUCUGCGCCGCCCUCGUCGGCUUCGUCACGAUUGCGGUCCUCGUCAUCGAAGUCCUUACAUUCAUUCUCCUCUGCCGGCACUGGCGCGCGUUCCGUGCGUUGCAAAGACGCAACGAGCCGGGCGUAGAGCUUGGCUCCAUUAUCCGCGUUUCCGCAUUCGCCAUCCUUCCGUUCGUCGGGCUCGUGCUCAGCUUCCUGACGUACGUGCCGCGGCUCGUGGGGCGGAUUUUCCCGGUGUACAACCUGCUGCUCGCCUUCCUUCCCGUUGCCGCAGCCCUGAUAUUUGGCUCUCAGACGGAUAUUCUGGACGCGAUGGCAUUUUGGAGACGCGUGCCACGGCCGCAGGGAAAGAACGGCCCAGAGCUCGACUCCAGCACGCAGUUUAGUACAAUCGGCACGUUCAGCAGCACCGUCACGGUGUCGGCUCCGUGUGUAUAG